GUAGUCAGUCAGGCAAUCACCGUAAAAGCUUCACACCAGAACUGGUGCAAAGUUUCGCAGCAAAAGCCAAUAGUGGUAGGUAGUCAGUCAGGCAAUCACCGCAAAAGUUUCACACCAGAACUGGUGCAAAGUUUCGCAGCAAAAGCCAGUAGUCGUAAGUAGUCAGUCAGGCAAUCACCGUAAAAGUUUCACACCAGAACUGGUGCAAAGUUUCGCAGCAAAAGCCAAUAGUUGUAUGUAA